GCUCUCUCUUGCAGGAUGUAAAAGAAAAAUACAUAGAACGUUUGGAAAGGAUAAUAUCUCUCGAUCGGUACAUAUGCAUCUUAUUUCCACUGGAAAGGGAGACAGUGGAUGCAUCUCUGUUGCUGUUAUUGUGAAACACAUUAACAGUUUAUAUACUGAAGACAAAUAAAGGAUUUUCUAUGGCUCUCUCUCGUACCUGGAGGAUAACACACAUGAAAAGCUGAUCUGUUGCAGAACAACACAUCUCACAUAAUGGCUCGCUAUAAGGAAAUUCCUAGCAAAAAGGUUUCUUCUCUUAAUUUGGUGACAGGAUUUUUUCAGUAUCUGCAUGAUGAACAGGAGGCAGUGCAGAAAAGAACUUUUACUAAAUGGAUCAAUUCCCAUUUGGCAAAGCGCCAGCCCCCUUUGGUGGUGAAUGAACUAUUUGAAGACAUUAAAGAUGGUGUGAUGCUGCUAGCCCUUCUUGAGGUUCUGUCAGGACAAAAACUACCAUGUGAGCAGGGCCGUCAGAUGAGACGGAUACAUUGGGUGUCCAAUAUUGGCACUGCUCUCAAGUUUCUGGAGGGCAGACGGAUCAAAUUAGUCAACAUAAACUCAACAGAUAUUGUUGACGGAAGACCAUCAAUAGUACUGGGUUUGAUAUGGACCAUCAUAUUGUAUUUCCAGAUUGAAGAGCUGACCAGCAAUCUACCCCUGCUGCAGUCCUUGUCAAGCAGCACCUCAUCUGUGAACAGCAUGGCCAGUUCUGAGACUGCAAGCCCACCUGUGAAAAGAAAAGUCAUUACUAAGUUCCAAGGGACUGCCAAGAAGGCUCUGUUGAAAUGGGUGCAAUACACAGCCGCAAAACGACUGGGGAUCGAUGUGAAAGACUUUGAUAAGAGCUGGCGGAGUGGUGUUGUCUUUCAUUCUGUGAUCUACGCAAUCCGCCCAGACCUGGUGGACAUGGAUAAAGUGAGGAGGAGAACCAACAGAGAGAACCUUGAAGAUGCCUUUACUAUUGCUGAAAAUGAUCUGGGAAUCCCACGCCUGCUUGAUCCUGAAGAUGUGGACAUUGACAAGCCAGAUGAGAAGUCUAUCAUGACAUAUGUAGCUCAGUUCUUAAAGCACUAUCCAGACCCCCGUAACACAGAGGUGGAUGGGCAAGGCGAAGAGGAGGAGGACCGGCAGACACUGAGAGAGGUCCAGGCCUGGCUGGAACAGUAUGAAAGAGACCUUAGCAGAGCACAGGUGUCUGAAGGAAGUCUGCAGGAGAAAUAUCAGUCAUUCAAGAGUUUUAGAGUUCAGUAUGAGAUGAAAAAGAAGCGGAUUGAGGUAUUGAUCCAGCCUGUACAGAGGGAGGGGAAGCUGUCAGUGGAUCAGGCCUUGGUGAAACAGACAUGGGAGAAAGCCACUGCCAGGCUGCUAGAGUGGCAUAUUCAGCUUGAUAAGUCUUUGCCUGGACCCCUGGGUGCCAUUGGAGCCUGGCUGCACAGGGCAGAGGUGGCCCUGCAGGAGGAGAUUGCAGUUCAGCAGGCCCACGAGGAGACCGCUAACAUUAUCCACAGCAAACUCCAGCAACACAAGGAGGUGUUGAAAGGCCUGGAGGGGCAGAAGCAGCCAUUCCUGCAGAUCCACAGGUGUGGUUCAGUUAAUGGAGUCCCGAUCCCCACAGAGCAGCUAGAAGACAUGGCACAGAGAUUUCACUUUGUAGCUUCAAUGGCGCAAAACAAUUUGAUAAAACUAGAAUUCUGGGAACUGAAGUAUCGCCUGCUGGCUUUCCUGAUGCUUGCAGAAUCAAAACUGAAAUCCUGGAUCAUCAAGUAUGGAAGAAGAGAGUCAGUAGAACUACUGCUGCAGAACUACAUUUUGGUUAUUGAAGGAAACCAGUUCUUUGAACAGUACGAAGUUACAUACCAAACUCUGAAACAGGCAGCUGAAGUAUAUGUAAAAUCUGAUGGCUCAGCUGAAGAGGCAGAAGGCUUGAGCAAGUUCUUGAAUGACACAGCGGCACAGUGGAGGAACUUGUCUGUAGAGGUUCGGAGUGUGCGCAGCAUGCUGGAAGAGGUGAUCUCUAACUGGGACAAGUACAGCAGCACAGUAGCCAGCUUACAGGCCUGGCUGGAGGAUGCAGAGAAAAAGCUAAACCAACCUGAGAAUGCCAAGCGGGGCUUUUUCAGAAAUUUACCCCACUGGAUCACGCAGCACACAGCUAUGAACGACGCAGGGAAUUUUCUAAUUGAAACCUGUGAUGAAACUGUUUCCCGGGAUCUUAAGCAGCAACUUCUCUUACUUAAUGGAAGAUGGAGGGAGCUAUUUGUGAAAGUGAAACAAUAUGCAAGAGCUGACGAAGUGGACAAAAUAAGGAACGAAUAUCAGGAUGGAAUUUCUGCUUUGAAGUCCUUUGUGGAUAUAGCAAACAAAAAAAUGACAGAAACCCUGGAUGUGUCCUUUUUGAAUGUCAGGACCUUUGUGCAGGAUGUAGAGGAUAUCAAGCAGAAGGUUCCAGCAAUGGAAGCUCAGUACAAGACUGUCACCAGGAACGCUCAGCUUCUUAACAAGGACACCGCUCAAGAGGAGGCCAGCGAGAUGCUUGCUACUAUGACAGGAAUUAAGGAGCAGCUGAGCAAGAUAAGAGAAAGAUACCUGCCAUUGCUGCGUGAUUCUCAGUCACUGCUCUCCCCACUGGAGGAAACAGAGAAACAGAUCACCAUUUUCUAUGAGUCUCUGGAGAAGGCCAGCCACAUCACAGCAGGGAGAGACACCGAGGCUCAAGUUCCUGGGGACUUCAAGCAGCAGUGUCAGGAAUUACUUGCUUGUCAAGAAAACUGCAAGAAAUCCUUAGCUGUUAUUGGGAAGAACAGCCAGUCUAUUCAGCGCGUGCUCUCCAGCAGCAAGACUCUGCAGCAUUUAGAUUUCUCUAUGCUUCAAAGGAGGACUUCUGACUUACAGGCCACCUUACAGAGCAUGAUAAAGGAUGCUGGCGAGUGGAGGAAGCAUGUGGAAGCUAACAGCACCCUGAUGAAGCGGUUUGAAGAGUCCAGGAUAGAACUUGAGAAGGUUUUGAACAUAGCUCAAACAUCCCUGAAAGAAAAAGGAAAUCCAGAAGAACUGUUAAAGAAACAUACUGAAUUCUUCAGCCAGUUAGAUCAGAGGGUCCUGAAUACAUUUCUUAAGGCCUGUGAUGAGCUGACUGAUAUUCUGCCUGAACAAGAACAGCAGAGCCUGCAGGAAACAGUCAGGAAACUACACAAACAAUGGAAGGACCUCCAGACUGAAGCUCCUUACCACUUACUGCAUCUGAAGAUUGAGGUUGAGGAAAACAGACUGCAGGGCACCCUGGAGGAGUGCAGAGCGGAACUAGCUCGAGAGAACAAGGCUCUCCCUGCUGUUGGCAGUGAGCAGCUCAUCAAAGAGCACAGGGCUUUCUUUGGGGACAGGAGGCCACAGCAGCUUUGUGAGAAGAGGCUCCAGCUGACCGAUGAACUCUGUCAGAAACUCCCGAAGAAGGACCCGGCCCACAAGACUCUGGAGAGCUGCAAGAAAGCUCUGACAGAUGUGAAGUUCCAGAUUGACAGCACCCACCAGAAACUGCGACAGCAUCCAGACAAGUGGAAAGAGUUUAACACAAGAUUCUCUGACCUUGCAGCUUGGCUUUCAGCAAAGGAAAGUCAACUAAGGCUGUUGAAAAAUAGAGCCAAUGAUCCCAACAAGUACGGACAAGUCAAAUCUACAAUAGAGGAAGUGCGACAAGAUGCUGAGAAAAAGGAAGGCAGCCUCAGCUGGCUGAAGUCUAGACUCUCCACGCUAAUAGAGGUUUCUUCUGAGAAUGAAGCAAAGAGGCAAGAAGGAGCACUGACAAAGCUCUCCAGUGACUUCAGGGGACUUCUAGCUUCACUUGCUGGGACUGAGAAGGUGGUGUCAACUGUAGGCGACUAUGUCCAGUUCAGAGAGGAAGUGAAGAGGACCCUGGAGGAGCUUGUUCAAGGACAGAAGGAAGCACAGGCCGAGGCCGACAAGAUCCUGGACGCGGAGAGCGUGCAAAAGGCUCAGCAGCUGCUUCUGAUUCACCAGCAACAGUUGAAGAGACUGAGAGUAAGAAGUAGUGAUGUGCAGCAGCAGAUAGCACGUGGCCAGCAGUUGCAGGCUGAGGAAGGGCUGGCCAGUUCACUUCAACCCGAUUUACAAAAUCUGCAGAGCGCUUUGACUAAAAUGGAGCUAAGCAUGGAGAUGCAGGUGAAGAGCCUUCAGACGACCCUGUCCGAGUGGCAGCAAUUUGACACUGAAAAGGAAGCAGUGGUGGAAUUUCUGAACAGGGCUGGCUCUAAUCUGGAGCGGGACUUGACCUUUAGCAGUCUGGAAAGUCUUUCUGCUGAGCUAGAGCAAACCAAGGAACUCAUACGGGUAAAUGAAAUGCAGGCAGCUCAAGUAGAUAUCCUUGUGAAGAAAUCCACAGAAAUAAAACUGGGACCCAAGAACAAGACUUUACUGCAGCUGCAAGCAACAAGCCUCAAAGAACAAGUGAAUAAAGCUGAAAACAGUCUGAAGAAAGAUAUUAAGCAAAUGGAAAUUGUGAAAAUCAAAUGGAACCAGUUUGGCACAGACUUUGAGGCUCUUUCUUGUUGGAUUUCUGAAGAAGAGAAAGAGAUUGAUGAUGUGAAUUAUUCCUCAUUGCCACUUGAAAUUCAGAUCAGCAAAGUUAAGGCUAUCAGUAAAGAAGUAGAAGAGAAGAUGAAGGCAAUCCAGUCUCUGGAGGAGGAAUCCCAGGCCUUGGGCCAAUUUGUUUCCUCUGGAGAAGCAGCUCGUAUCAAAGCCAGGCUGACGCAGAUGAGCAGACACUGGGACAAGCUGAAAGAACACACCCAGCAUCUGGACCGGGUGUUGGAGGAGAACGCCUCACACCAGCACAAAUUCCAGGACAGUCUCAAACAGGUUCAGCAGUCUUUAGCAAAUCUUGAAGAUAAGCUGGCUUGCCCUAUCAGCUCUUGUUCAUCAGUAACAGAGACAUACAAAGUGCUUCAAGAACACUUGGAUCUGACUCAAGCUGUGGAGCAGCUGAAGAGCCCCCUGGCAUCCCUCUCGGCCGGGGCUCGUAAAGUCAGCGACAGAGGACCAGCGGAGCAGGAGGUGGUGUUCUUACAGCAGCGCUAUGAGAAGGGGCUUCAGAAAGCCAAGGACAAGCAAAGCGAACUGGAGAACCUGCUGGCCCUGUGGCAAAAAUAUGAAAAAGAGCAGUCUACAUUUGUGUCCUGGCUAGAGAGGAGUGAGACAGCAGCCAACUCACAGGCCCAGUACAUUUCAGCUGACCAAGCCAAACUGCAAAGUGAAUUACAGAACUUACAGGAUUUGCAGGCAGAGGUUUCUUCCCAUGAAUCCAUUUACACAAGCCUGGUGAAGUUAGCAACAUCUCUUUUCCCAACUGCUUCAGAGAGGAGGGUGAAGGGAGUCACUAAGGACCUGGACCAGCUAAAUAAGACAUUGUGCUCUCUGAGUCAAGUUAUACCACAGAGGACGAUGAAGGAAAAGUCAGCUGCGAUUCAGAAACAAGCUGCUGAGAAACAGAGGCUGCAGGACCAGGUGGACAGCCUGUGCUCUGCCUGCAACACUGAUGACCACCACCCCCUCCAGGUCAGGAAGGAGGACUGCUUCCUGCUCUUCAGGGAGGCAGAACAGGUCGUGGAGAGAAGGAAAGAGGUCCUGAAGGACCUGGAGGCUUUUUUGCAGACCCGCAAAGCUGCGAUAAAUGUGCUUCACCGGCUGAAGCAGACCGUGGAGUCCACCAGCAACUGGGACAAAGGGAAGGCAGAAUCUCUGCAGCAGGAUCUGAAGGAUAUCGUCCCUGACAUCCACAAGCUAGAAACUCUGUCUGUCAAUCUGGAUGGAGCCCUCAGCAAAGCUCAGUACCACAUUAGAGAGGACAGCGCUGAACACAGGACCUCCUGCAGGGCUUUGGCUGACCUCCUGGGUGCAGAACUGGAGACGGUUCAAAAUCUACUUGGCACCAAACAAAGUGAAGCUGAGGCUGUCGGAGCCCUGUGGAACUCCUUCAAAGAACGCAAAGAGCAGCUGCUAAAGAGUAUUGAAGACAUUGAGGAAAAUGCUGACAAAGCAGGGCUGAAAGAACCCACGCUCCUAGCUCUACAGCAAAGGCUAAGAGUAUUCAACCAGUUGGAGGAUGAGCUGAAUUCUCAUCAGCAUGAGAUGCAGUGGUUAAUGGAUAAAGCCAAGCAGUUGGCCCAGAAGGACACUGAAUUAGCAGCUGAGGCUGACAAGGACAUCGGUCUGCUGGAGGUUACCUGGGAGGACACCAAGACACUCAUUAGUGAAAACCAAGAGCAGUGCUGUGUGCUGAUGGAUCUCAUGAGGGAAUACCAGAGCAAGAAAUCUGCCAUUAUCAAAAUCACAGAAAGUGCAGAAAAUGUUGCUGUAAUCAAAUCUGCACUGAAGGACCAAGAAGACAUCAGGCGAACAUUAUCAAGGCAUGAAGUGGUGAAGAACAAAAUGAGUGGAGGUCAAGAGGAAUUGGAUGACUUCACCAGCAAAGGAAAACAGCUUCUGAAUGACCUAAAGAAGAUCCAAGGCUGUGAUCCCAUGAUAGUGAGAAAGGACAUGGAUGUUAUUAUGGAUCAGUGGCUCGAUGUGUCUGAAAGAAUCGAUGACAACAUUGAACGUCUCAGUGUCAGCUUGGCAUUGUGGGAAGAUGUCCUGAAUAUUAGCAAUGAAAUAGACGUGUGGUCUAACAGUUCAAUCUCAGAGCUCAGUGAAAAUUUAACCAACCUCAAUAACAGUCAGAGAAUGGAAUCACGACUGGUAGAGUUUCAGUCAGAGGUGGAGAAUAAAGAACAAGGUCUGAAGACACUGAAUGUGAAGGUAUCAGAGCUGAAGCGAAUAACAAAGAGCCAGGAACCUCCUACAGAGCUGCAGGUAAUUGAAGCCAAUCUAAGAAAGAAAAUUGGCCACGCCCUGGAGAUGUCUGAAAUAGCCAGAAGGACUCUGAGAGAUUUCAGCUCCCAGAAGCAGCAGUUGGAGAGCUUUAUUUCUCAGAUGACUGCCUGGCUGGUCAAUGCGGAGCAGUCUCUCUGUUCCUCUCCACAUAGCACAGACCUUGAGGAUCUCAGGAAAGUAAAGGAUAUACAGCUGGAACUUCAGAAGCAGCAGAGCAGCAUUGACUUGACCCGGGAGAACCUCAACAGUCUGUGCAGGAAGUACCCUUCCAAUGAGCUGGAGAAGUUGGGCUGCAUGGUCACUGAAUUAAUUAAGAAGUACGAAGCUGUGAACCAGCUGGCUUCCAAAACUCUGAGCACCCUCCACAACAAUCUGAAACAACACUUCAAUGAUUUGGUCCAGAAGUUUCAUGAUUGGCUCUCAGACAUUAAGGAUACAGUGAGGGAGUGCUCUGACAGGUCUGGCGACGUGAGUGUCAUGGAAGAAAAACUGCAGAAACUGAAGGAAGCCCUGAGCUGCGUGGAUGAAGGCGAGAAAAGGCUUACUCUUGUCUGUGAGGAUGGAGAGAAGCUGUUACUGCAUUUACCCAAACCCAACUUGGGUCUCAUCCAGCAGCAGCUGACCUCUAGCCAGCAGGAGUGGGACAGCUUUGUGGAGCAGUGCAGACAGAACCAGCAGGCCCAAGAGGAGAGUGUUGCAGAGCUCACAGGUUUCAACAAUCAGCUGAAAAAACUGAGCUCCUGGGUUCGACAAAUGGAAGAGAGGCUGAACACAGAGUUACUGGGAGAGACUAAACAGCACAUUCCUGAGAAGAAGGUCGAGGUGGAGAGGGUGGAGGAGUUUCAUGAAGAGCUGCUCAGAGAAAGGGACUCGUUCGAGCAGCUGUGCCAAAAGUCUCAAGGCCUUAGUGAGUCGGGACGUGGGGAUGGGAGGGAGGUGCGCACCACUUCCCAGCUCCAGUCGAGCUACCAUAGCCUGGUAAAGACGGCAAAAGAGAGGCUGCGUGGCUGUCAGGUGGCCUUGCAGGAACACCAGGCCUUUGAGGAGACCCUGCAGAGCACUUGGGCUUGGCUUGAAGGGGUGCAAGACAGGCUGGCUGUCAUCGACAGCACCAUCGGCAGCAAAGAAUCCCUGGAGAAGAGGCUUGUGCAUGUGCAGGAAAUCCUGUUGAUGAAAGGUGAAGGCGAAGUGAAAAUAAACAUGGCCAUCGGUAAAGGGGAACAAACCCUGAAAAGCAGCAAUGAAGAGGGGCAGAAAGAGAUCCUAUCCCAACUGCAGACUCUGAAGGAUGUGUGGGUCAACUUAAUCAUGGCCUCUAUGAGCUGCCACAGCCGGCUGGAGUGGACAGUAACUCAGUGGAACAGCUACCUGGAGUGCGAGAGCCAGCUGCAGCAGUGGCUGGAGUCUGUGGAGCAGGAGGUGGCGCCCCCCCUGCAGCAGCAGCCUGGACUAAAGGAAAAAGCCUCCCUGCUGGACCGGAAUCGAGCUGUACUGGCUGACUUGGAGAACCACUCGGCGACCUUCAGUCAACUGUCAGACAAGGCCGGAGACCUCCUGGAGAAAACAGGAGACACCUCCUUCAGGGAAGAUGCCCAGACUGAAAUGAGGGCGCAGUUCGGGGACAUCACAGCAGUAGUUAAGGGGAAAGUGAAAAGCUUGGAGGAUAUAGUAGAUAAGCAUCGUCUUUAUCAUGAAGCAGUCCGCGAGUUCACAGACUGGCUGCAUUCAGCAAAAGAAGAGCUUCAGCGCUGGUCAGAUCUGUCUGGGGAUUCCACGUCUGUACAAAGAAAGCUGAUUAGGGUUCAGGAACUGCUAGAUUCCAGACAGAAUGGUAGAGAACGUCUAAACAGAGUGCAGGAGUUUGCUGCAGUGGUGAAGGAGCAGACGGCAGGCAUCGGCUGCGAGUUGAUAGACAGGGAGGUGGAGGCCCUGCAGUCUGACUGGGUGCAGUGGGAAAAGAGCACCAUGCAGACCCAGGGCAGCCUGGAGAGCACACUCAGUCAGGUGGCCAGCUCAGAGCAGGAGUUUGCAGCCCAGGCCAGCCAGCUGGAGCAGGCUCUGCAAGAGUUCAGCAGCCACCUCAAAGAGUGGGGACAGAAGCUGAACCAAGUGGAGGAGUGCAGAAACACCAAUGAGGAAGUGGUAGAGGGAUGGAAGAUAGUGAAGGGCACAUUGGAUGCUCUGGUGAAGGCAGAACAUAUGUCAGAACGCCUGAAGACUCAGCUAAAUGAUCUUUGCCGCUUCUCAAGAGAUCUCAGUUGUUAUUCAGAGAAAGUGUCUGCGUUAAUUAAGGAGUACAACAGUCUCAGUCUUCAAGCAUCUAAAGAGUGUCAGAACAAAGAGAAGCUCUUGGAGCAGAGAUUCCGAUCAUCUCUCAGAGAGUUUCAGCAGUGGCUUGUCAGCGCCAGAAUCACCACCGCCAAGUGCUUUGACGUCCCUCAGAACAUUAAUGAGGCAUCUACCAGCUCACUGAAAAUACAGGAAUUCCUAUCUGACAGAGAGCAAGGACAAAGCAAAGUGAAUGCCGUUUUCUUCAGCGGAGAACUGCUGAGCAUUAUUAUACCCAAAGAGAAAGCUGAGGCAAUUCAAGCUAAAGUAACCAGUGCCAGGGAAGACUGGAAGAACCUUUUGUCAAGUCUGCAUCAAAGGGAGACAGCUUUACAGAAUCUGCUGUCCCAGAUGAAGGACUUUGAAACAAGUGGAGAGCCUCUUCAGGAGUGGCUGAACAGCACAGAGACAGCAGUGCAGGAGAGCAGUGCCCGGCUCCACAACCUCCAAGCCAAGAAACAGGAACAGCACAAGCUGCAGUCUGUCCUUGAGGAAAUAGCCUGUCAGGAAUUUCAGCUGAACAGGCUGAAAGAAAAGGCUCACCAGCUCUGGGAAGGACAAGCAGCCGGCAAAAGCUUUAUGCACCGAGUGUCUCAGUUGUCUGCACAGUAUCUAGCUUUAAGCAACCUGACAAAGGAAAAGGCUUCUAGAAUGGAGCGGAUUGUGUCCGAACACCAGCUCUUCUCCCAGGGCCUGAAGGAGCUGCAUGACUGGGUGGCUGAUGCCAACCACAUGCUGGUGUCAUAUUGCAGCCCCACUGCUGAUAAAAAUGUUCUGGACAGCAGGAUGUCAAAACUGGAGGCCCUGCUUACUGCAAGACAGGAGAAGGAGAUCCAGUUGAAGAUGUUAUUAACACGUGGAGAAUCAGUCCAGAGAAACUCCUCACAGGAAGGAGUCCCAGUUCUCCGGAAACAGAUUCAGGAUAUCAAAGACUCCUGGGACACCCUUCUAUCUGCCUCUGUUCAAUGCAAGAGCCAGCUCGAAGGAGCACUGUCCCAGUGGACGAGUUACCAAGACGAUGUUCGACAGUUUGUCAGCUGGAUGGACCGGGUGGACGAGAACCUUAGCAGCUUAGAGAAGCAAUACUCAGAGAUGAGGGACAAGACUGCUAAUCUGGGCAAAGCCAAGUUACUGCAUGAAGAAGUGUUGAGUCACAACAGUCUGCUGGAAACUAUUGCCAUGAAAGGCUCCAGUAUGGCUGAACACUACGAAACCCAGCUGGAGAUUCAGGAUCUUCAGGAGCGAUACAGCGCUGUCAAAGACAAGGCUAAGGGGUCAGUGGUUAAAGCUGAGGAGCUGGUCCUAGCCCACCAGGAAUACCAGAGAGGUCUCCACAUGUUUGAGGACUGGUUGGAGCAAGAGCAGGAGAAACUGGGAUGCUACUCUCAGAUGGAGGGAAAUGUAGAAACAUUGGAAAAUACCUUGCAGGAGCUUCAGAACCUCCAGGUGCGCUGCACUGAGGGGCAGGCCCUGCUGAACACAGUGCUUGGCAGUCGGGAGCAGGUGAUCCCCUGGGGAGUCCCUCAGAUAGAGAACCGCGCCUUGGAGACGGUGCAGCAGGACUGGCAGGUGUACCAGGCAAGGCUGGCAGAGAGCAGGGCCCAGUUCAAUGGCAUACUCACCAAGCUCCGGCAGAUAGAGCAGAAGUUCCAGCACCUCGAUGCAUGGCUCAGGAACAUGGAGAGCAAGGGGAACAUUCGCACAGACAGGCGCUCCGAUAGGGCCACCAAGGAGGCUCAGCUGCAGAUGCUGAAGAGCUGGCAUGAAGAGACGCUGGUGUAUAAAGAUGAAGUGGAAGGUGUCAGUGCCUUGGCCCAGCAGGUCCUGGAAGAGACCCACAUCAGCAGCAGGGUUAGCAGCCGUGCCACACAGCUCACCGCGAGAUACCAGGCUCUCCUGCUUCAUCUGUUGGAGACAAUGAAACAGCUUGAAGAAGAAAUCAGAAGUAUCGAGGAGGCGAGGACAGUCUUUAACUCCUGCACUGACUGGCUCAGUGCAGCUCAGAAGAACUUAAAAAACACAGCAGUCAGAAUCAGCGUGGUCAACAGAGUUGCCAUGGAGAACAAGAUGAAGAAACUGGAGUUGUUACAGAGCGAUAUUGAGGUGGGUCACGGAUUCCUGAAAGCCUCCAGGGAGAAGACAGAGAAAGCGAUGGCCUACCUGGAGGAAGCAGAAUCUGAGCAACUCAAGCAAGAAGUGGACACCCAGCUUUCUCAGCUCGAUGAGCUGAUAGGAGCCGCCCGGGUAGAGUUCAGCACGCUGGAGAAGAGCAUGCAUCUGUCCAAAGAGUUCUUGGAAAAGUACAAGGUCCAGGCACAGUGGCUGAUGGAAACCCAGACCCUACUGAACAGUCCUGUGGAACCUAAAGCGGAGCUCUAUGAGAAGAAAGCUCAGUUAGCAAAAUACAAGACUAUCCAGCAGACAGUCCUGUCCCAUGAAUCUUCAGUAAAGUCAGUGAUUGAAAAGGGGCAGGCCCUGCUUGACACCAUCCAGGACCCCUCUGUCAGCAACAACAUGAAUAAACUUCAGGCCGACUAUCACGAGCUGUGCAAUAUUGCUCGGACACAUGUGCAGAACCUGGUGACGAAAGUGAAGGAACACGAGGCUUACAAUAGCGACCUGCAGGAGGUGGAAAGGUGGCUGCUACAGAUGUCGAGUCGCCUGGUCACCUCAGACUCCAUGCAGAGCAGCAAUCUGGAGAUGGCCACACAGCAGCUGGCCAGGCACAAGGCAGUAAUGGAAGAGAUUGCUGGUUUUGAGGAGCACUUGACAAGUCUGAAGGAUAAAGGAGACGAUCUUAUCGGCGGCUAUACAGAACAUCUUCAAGAGAAAAUUAAACAGCAGAUACAAGCCCAUCAGCAGGGGACAAGAGACAGCUAUUCUGCCAUCUGUAGCACAGCCCAGCGAGUGUACCAGGGACUAGAUCAGGAGCUUCAGAAGCAUGUUAGCCAUCAGGAUACGUUACAGCAGUGCCAAACCUGGCUUUCCACUGUCCAGCAGGAGCUACAGCUGCACACUCAGCCACCAGUCAGUCUGCAAGAGGCACUCAAACAGGUGAAACACUACAGAGCACUACAGGAACAAGCCAGUACAUACCUAGAUCUUAUCUGCUCAAUGUGUGACCUUUCAGAUGAAUCUGUGAGAAGGACUGCAGCAGAAAUCCAGCAGAUAAAACAGAAGAUAGAAGAAAUUAUGUCCCGAACUCAAGAGAUGGCCCAAGGAUGGGAAGAAAUCAAACAGGAGAAAGCAGAGCUUACAGCCCACUUCCAGGAGAUGGAGCUUCAGCUGCAGAACCUCAACAGAAGACCAGCAGAGCUAGAACCAAAGAUAGCACACAAUAUGCUCUUACAAGUGAAGGAGUUCAGUCAGCAGCACCAGGCGAAGCAGGUGAUCAUCACAAGGAUGACAGAGAGAGUGAACAGUCUGACUGAGGGACAGAAGUCCCCGGAGCAUGCAGAGAUCGGCCGCCUGAGUAACCAGUGGCUUGAGCUAUGCCACCAGUUGAACAAGCUGUUAUCGCAGAGGGAGGGAGACUUCCAGAGAACCAGAGACUACCACGACUACGUUAGUGCUGUAGAAGUGCUCUUUGACAAGUUUUCUAAAGAAUGGGACAGCCUGGCCAGAACUGACACAGAGAGCACAGCUGAAUAUCUAGAAGCUCUGAAGAAACUAGCAGCUGCCCUGGAGGAGCAGAGGUGCACACUUGAUGAUCUGAAAGACCAUGGACAGAAAGUGAUAGACCGUCUGACCGUAGAUGAUAAAGAGCUAGUGAAGGAGCAAACUGGUCAUUUUGAGCAGCGCUGGGCCCACUUGGAGAAACUGAUCGUGAAGAAGAUCCAGGACUCUGAGACUACCCUGGAGGAUAUGAGCCAAGUGGAGACCAGGCUAAAGGAGGCUCAAGAAUGGGCAGAGGAACAACAACCUGCCUUGUCUGAAGCCAUGAAGAUGAGUCCCCCUCCAGAACUAGCUCAGAGUUUCCUGUUUGAUCAUCUCAGUUUUUGUAGUGAACUGGAGUCCAAGCAACUGCUCCUGGAGGCAGCAAUUGCAGAUGCAGACAGAGUUAUGGCAAACCUUGGCUUGAAUGAACGACAACGACUGCAAAACUUAAUCUCAGAUGUGCAAAGUGAAGUUGUGUCUCUUAGUGACAUAGUUGGCCAACGGAAGAAGUAUCUCAGCAAAGCGUUCUCUGAAAAAACACAGUUCCUGCUGGCCACACAUCAAGCUAUCAUCUGCAUUCAGCAGAAUGAGAGGAAGGCCAUGCCAGAAGAGCCCAUUGCCCUUUUGCCAGAUGACUUAAGCAAACAAAUUAGGAUUUGCAAGAAAGUUCAUAGCAAUCUGAAAGCCUAUCAAAGUGAGCUUACCUCAUUGUGGUCUCAAGGAAGGGAGCUGAUGAAAGACACAACAGAAGAUGAGAAGAUGGACAUUUUGAGUAAAAUGCAGGAGCUACAAAACGUUUAUGAGGUGGCUUUACAGAGAUGCACACAGAGGCUGCAGGAGCUGGAAAAAGUGCUGGUUUCCAGGAAGUACUUUAAGAUGGAUUUGGAUAAAGUUUGCCAGUGGUUGAAACAGGUGGAUAUUGUCACAUUCCCUGAGAUUAACCUCAUGAAUGGAGACUCAGAGCUGUAUUCCCAGCUUGCCAAGUACCAACAGGUAUUAGAGCAGGCCUUGGAAUAUGAGAAUCUUCUGCUUAUUGUGCAGAGAACUGGUCAAGAGAUACUUCCCUCUCUCAGUAAAGUGGAUCACUCUUACUUGGAUGACAAAUUAAACACUCUGCCUCAAAAAUACAAUAGUGUUUUAGCUUUGGCUAAAGAAAAGAGGGAGAAAAUUCAACAGGCAAUUCUCAGCCGGAAGGAGUAUGCCUCCUUCAUAGAAGUAACAAAAAAGGCUUUGACUGAACUGGAGGAGCAGUUGCACAACAUGACCAACAAUCCUGUUAGCCUUGAGUCCAAAGAUAUUGUGAAACUACAGAGUGAUUAUAAAUCUCUUCUUGCUGAAGUUACCAACCUAGGGCCAGCUGUCAAUGAACUAAAUCAGAAGAAGGAGGGUUUCCGCAGUACAGGUCAGCCCUGGCUACCAGAAGAAAUGGUUCAGCUUGUGAGCCUUUAUAAUGGACUGAAGAGGCGUAUUGAGCAAAGAGUGAGUAGUUUGGGUGACACCUUAGAAUCUUUCCAAGACCACGAAACCAUGACUUUGCAAUUGGAAACUCAACUGAAGGCCAUUAAGGAAGAGCUGGUCAAAGUAAAUGAAGAGACUCUACCUGCCGAAGAAAAGCUCAAAAACUACCUUGCUGUGGCAGGCAGUGUUCAGGACGCCAGUUCUUUACUGAAGUGUAUUUUGGAGCAACUUCAUCUUCUGUCCCCUCAGCUUGACAAAGCAGCUUACCAGUCCACCAGCCAGAAGAUAACCUCAAGGCAGGAAGAACUGAAGUCCCUGCAGACCAGUGUAGGGGAGAGGGUGGUGGAAUGUGAGAGACGAUUUGUGCAGAGCAAAGACUUCCAGACUGAGAUCUGCAGAACUCUGGAGUGCUUGCAGCAGAUCAGGGAUGAGCUAAGUCAUCCCCUAAGUUUGGAUGUCAAAGUCCAGAGGAUACAAGAAGAGAUCAGGGAACUCCAGAUCCUACAGGAGGAGGUGCAGUCAAGGCUUCGGAUAAUGGCUGCCUUGAGCUGCAAGGAAAAGCAGAAAUAUACCAAAGCCAAGGAGCUUGUUCCCAGCGAUGUGGAAACCGCACUUGAGCAGCUUUCAAAGCUGGAAGCAGAUGUUCAAAAAGCUUUGAACAACAAGCAGACUACAUUGGAGCAGAUUCUUGUGUUGUGCCAGAGGUACCAUUCAACAGUACAGUCUGCCAGUGAUUGGCUGGAGGAUGCUGGUUCUCUGCUGCAGGAGGCUAGCAAUGGGCUUGACGUGGAGAACUCUGAGGAGUCCCACAAACAUCACAGCGAGUUCUUCAGCACCGAGGCUCAGUUUCUCAGUCAUUUUCAGGGGCUAGAGGCUUUGCUACCUCAACUGGAACCCUUCAUGAGUGCAACAGUGAACAAGCAGCUAGGACAAACCGUCACAUCCUUACAGCACAGAGGAGUAGGGGUCAGUCAGCAAGCACAUGGCCAGAUUGAACUUCUGCACAGAUGUGUUUCACAGUGGAAUGCCUACCAGACAGCCAGACAGCAGGUCAUUGAUCUAAUGAAUGAGGUGGAGAAAAAGUUAACUGAGUUUUCAACAGCCAGAGCAGCUACAAGUCAAGAAGCUGAAGAAAAACUCAAAAACCAUAAGUCUCUGGUUUCCAUGGUGAAUGGCUUCCGUGAAACUAUUACUGGACUGGAGGAACAGGCAUCCCAGCUGGAACAGAUAGGCAAUGAUGCCAGCAAAGCCACCAUCAGCAGGUCGAUGACCACCGUGUGGCAGCGCUGGAACCAUCUGCGCAGCGUGGCACGAGGUCAGGAGAAAGUUCUGGAAGAUACAGCUCUGGAAUGGAAAAGUUUCAGGAAUAAGAUAGAGAAGGCGACAGUGACUCUGGACCAGUUGCAGGAUAGGUUCCCAAACUGCUCAGUUGAGAAGGCCUCCAAGGCAGCGCUAUUGGAGCUGUUGGAAAGCCAUGACGCCUUCAGCAGCGAGGUGGAGCGAGAGUACUCGGCACAGGCUCUGCUCAGACAGUACGCCCUCAACAUUCUCCGAGACAUUGAGAUCCCCUCACCUCCCCAGGAGGAGCUGCCCAGCAUGCAGGAAAUCAAAGCAAUACAGGAUCGAUUUGAAAACAUUCUGCAGAAGGUGAGGCAGAGCAAGAAGCUGGUUCAGCAGGAGUUGAAGGAACGUGAAGAUGUAGAAAAGGAGCUAAAUACAGUGAAGACAUGGAUCCAGGACACACGGGAGUAUCUUCUGAAUCCCACAGUAGAUCUGGAUGCUCAGCUACAAGAACUUGAGAUCAAGCUCAGGGAAGCGAUCAUUCACCAUCAGACUGUUGAAAAGGUUGCAGAUCAGCAGCAGAACAAAUACCUGGAUCUGUACACCAUCCUGCCUUCAGAGAUGUCUGUGCAACUGGCUGAGGUGACCCUGGCCUUGGGGGCCAUUGAGGAUCAGGUCCAAACAAGGGAAAGGGAAAUCCAACAAACCAGAGCUGUAAAUGAGGACUUCAGUUCAAGAAUCCAAGACGUUUCAGAGAUAAUGAAGAUAAUUUCAUUGAAACUCAAGGAGAAAACAACAGAUAUUGUGCAGGCUAAAGAGGAAACAGUGGGUCUCUGUGAGGAACUUGAGAGCUGUGGUAUUAAACUGGUUGAACUGGAUGCUUCAGUGCAAGAUUUUGCCGUGCAAAACCCACAGCUGUCCAAACUCCUGAUUGACGCCAUAGGGAAGCUAUCUGAGAUUCACCAUCAUACCCACAGGCUGGCAGAAUACAGAACAGCACAACUCAAAAAGGCUGCUACACAUUUAGAAGACUUUAACGAAAUGCUUGAAUUCAUCAUGAAGUGGUCAGAAAAAGCUGAGGCCCUUGUGAAAAGCCACAUCAUCUGGAAUUCAGCUUCCCAGCUUCACAGUCAGCUGAGGACUUACCAGGCUGUACUGCAGGAGUCUGGAGAGAUCCACAGCGACUUGGAGGCCAUGAGUGAGAAGAUUGAGUACCUCUCUGAGGUGUAUCAUACACAGGGGAUGUCUCAGCAAGUGUCUGAGCUCAGCAGGCAGACUGAGGUGCUGCAGCAGCAGCUCCGGAUUCACUUUCAUAGCCUGCAGGAUGCUGCCAAGGACAUGGGGAAAUUUGAAUCUGAAGUAAAGGCACUGCAUGCUGCUCUGAAGCAAGCCCGGGCUACCCUGACCUCGCCUGAACUGACACGUCUGAGCCUCAAGGAGCAACUGUCUCACAGACAGCGUUUGCUUACUGAAAUGGAGACAUUUAAGCGGAAGGUUCAGGCAGUGCAAGCAUGCCAGAGUGCCCUGCGAAUUCCUGAAGAGGUGGUCACUAACCUUGCAAUCUGUCACACUGCCUUGAGAUUGCAGGAGGAGGCCAGUCGACUGCAGCACACCACUAUCCAGCAGUGCAACAUACUGCAGGAGGCGUUGGUGCAGUAUGAGCAAUAUGAGCAGGAGGUGAAGCAUUUGCAGCGGCUGAUUGAAGAAGGUCACCUGGUCAUCCAGGAUAGACCUGUUUCAACUAGUAACAUCAAGGAGCUGCAGACUCAGAUCUCACACCAUGAGGAACUGGCCCAGAAGAUCAAAGGUUACCAGGAGCAGAUUGCCUCCCUGAAUUCCAACUGCAAGAUGCUGACAAUGAAAGCCAAACAUGCCACUAUGCUGUUGACUUUGUCUGAGGAGAAAGGGCUCUCAGAAGGGCUGGACGAGUUUGAUGCUGAGCUCCUGCCCAAUCAUUCUCCUGCUAAUCCCUCUGUGGUGAUGAUGACUACUGGUCGCUGUCACACUCUACUCUCACCUGUCACUGAGGAGUCUGGGGAGGAGGUGGCCAACAAUGAGAUUUCCUCCCCACCUACCUGUCGCUCCCCCUCACCUGUGGCUAGUACUGAUUCUUCUGUUAACCAGUUGCAGACAGCAGCUGCUGAGAUUCAGCGCAGCAGAUUGUCGGCUCAGGAGCUCUGCGAGCCUGGACUGGAGUCCGCUGCUGUUGCCAAACUGGACGACAUCCAGAGCUCCUGGGAGACGCUGAAGAAUGUGAUCACUGAAAAGCAGAGAACUUUGUAUGAAGCCCUGGAACACCAGCAGCAGUUCCAGGACUCACUUCAGUCAAUAUCCACAAAGAUGGAGUCUAUCGAAACCAAACUGAAUGGAGCUUUGGAAGCUGACAAGACUCCUGAGAGCCAGAUGGCAGCACACCAGGCCCUGAUGGACGAGAUCCUGAUGCUGCAGGAUGAGAUCAAUGAGCUGCAGACUUCCUUUGCAGAGGAGCUGGUGUCUGACACCCUGGACACUGACACUGCUGACCAGGUGGCCAUGCAGUCCACGCUGACAGUCCUGGCAGAGAGGAUGGCCACCAUCAGAAUGAAGGCCUCUGGGAAACAACAGCUUCUUGAGGAGAAGCUGAACGACCAGCUGGAGGAGCAGCGUCAAGAGCAGGCACUGCAGAGGUACCAUAGCGAGGCUGACGAUCUUGACCGCUGGCUCGUCAGCACCAAGGCCACUCUAAAGACAGUACUGCAGCCUGCUGAGGAGCACAUGCACAUGGAGGAGCAGCUCAACGACUGCCAGAACAUGCUGCUGGAGAUUGAGCUGAAGGUGGUGUCCCUGUCAGAACUCUCGGUGCACAGUGAGACCCUGCUGAUGGAGGGGAAGGUGCACACCCAUGAGGAGGCCGAGCAGCUCACACAGAAGCUCCGCACACUCAAGGACAGCCUGCUGGAACUGCAGAGAAUGUUGCAGGACAAGCAGAUCAACAUCCAAGGCACUCUGCAGGAGAAGGAGGACAGCGAGCUGGGCUCUGCCCUCUCUCCGAGCCCCAGCAUCCAGGAAUGGCUGGCCCAGGCCAAGACAACAAGGUCCAAGCAGCAUCAGGAACUCUUGCAGAGGCAGAAGGAGCUGGAGGAGCAGCUAGCAGAGCAGAAGAAGCUUCUGCAGUCAGUAGCAAGCCGUGGAGAAGAGCUUCUGACCCAACAGACUGCUAUGAAUGGUGUCAGUGAAAAACCUGAUUCAGUGCCACGGGAAGGAGAAAAGCUAGCAGCACAGGAGCAGAUGAGACAAAAAUGGGAAAGUCUAAACAAAGAGUUAAUCACUAAACAGCAGCUUCUGCAGAACACACUACAACAAGACCACAGUCAACUGGUAUAUAACAGACCCAGCAGAGUCUCUUCCACUGUACCACUGUUCAAAGGAGAGCCUCCACUUCAGGAUAAAUCAUCUGUUAGGACUUUAUUCAGUGGUUUCAACCAGGCCUUUGAAGACGUUUCCUCUCAGCCUGGAGGUGUGGAGAAGAAAGGCCUUGACUUGGAGCAGAGGCUGUAUAGUGCUGUCUGUGCCUCGUCCAGCUGGCUGGAUGGGGUUGAAAACAGCCUGUUUUCUGACCCUGUGCUCCUUGCCGAAGAUGCAGAAACCCAACUCUGUAACCAAGAAGUUCUUAGUAAGGAUAUUAGAGAGGUGACAGAAGAUGUGGACAAGAACAGAGAUCUGUUCCUCCAAGCAGCUCCGCAAUGCGGUGAGAACCAGGAUGUGAUUGAGGGGACCCUGUGCUGUCUGCAGGAGCGGCUUGGUAAGCUUGACUCGGUGGUGAGCCAGCGCUGUGAGCACAUGAAGACCAGGCUCCAGGAACUCGCACAGUUUCAGGCUGAACUGAAGAUGCUGUUUACUGCCCUGGCUGAGAGUAAAUACCUAAUUCUCCUCAAACUGGCCGAGGCAAUGGAAUUACCUUCUGCAAAGCAAAUGGAGGCAAUUCUAGAGUCAGAAGAGAGCCUGAAAGAAUUUGAACAAAGAAUCAACAAGUUGAAAACCCAAGGACAAGAGCUGCAACCAGACCAGCCUGUUGUUCAAGAACUCCUGGAACUUCAGGACACCUAUGAAGAGCUGGUGUUGACAGUCGGCUCACGCUGCAGUGGGCUGAACCAGAGUUUGGCUCUGAAAGGCCAGUAUGAGCGAGCCCUGCAGGACCUGGCCGACCUGGUAGACACCGCACAGGACAAGAUGGCUGCUGACCAAAAAAUAACAGCAAACUCCAAAGAGGAAGUGCAGAACCGUCUGGACAAGCACAAGGAAUUUUUCCAGGGGUUGGAAUCCCACAUGAUCCUGACCAAAACAUUCUUCCGAAAAAUCUGCAGUUUAGCAUUACCAAGACAGUGUCAGUCCCAUGACGAGAUAAUGGCACAGGUAGCGGCAGUGCUGAAGCAGGCACACAAAAGAGGUGUGGAGCUGGAGUACGUUAUGGAGACAUGGACCCGUCUGGAAGAAGACUAUCAAUGCCUGUACAGACAACUGGAGUCGGUGGAGAGCAGCCUCCCCAGUGUGGGGCUGGUGGAAGAGACCGAGGAAAGGCUCACAGAAAGAAUUGCACUUUAUCAGCGACUGCAGGCAAGCUUGACAGAACACCAGCACCAGCUGUACCAGGUGCUGGAUGACGGGAAGAGGCUCCUGAUGUCUGUCUGCUGUUCAGAUCUGGAAAACCAGCUGACUCAGCUGGGAGAGCAUUGGCUCAACAACACCACCAGAGUCAACAAGGAGCUCCAAAGGCUGGACGCCAUACUGGAACACUGGACAAGGUACCAAAGUGAAUCUGCUGAGCUGGAUCAGUGGCUCCAAUCUGCACUGGAUCGCCUGGAGUUCUGGACCACACAGUCAGUGACUGUUCCACAAGAGCUGGAGACCAUCAGGGACCAUCUCAAUGCAUUCCUGGAAUUUUCCAAAGAAGUGGACGCUAAGUCCUUUCUGAAGUCGUCGGUGCUGAGCACAGGCAACCAGCUGCUGCGUCUAAAGAAGGUGGACAUGGCAGGGCUGCAGUCAGGACUGGCUCAGACCGACAAUCAGUGGACUGAGCUGCAAACACGCAUCCCGGUGUUGCUGGACAAACUACACCAGCUCCAAAUGGAGAAGCUGCCUUCUCGCCAUGCUAUCACAGAACUGAUGAGUUGGAUCACCCUGAUGGAAAAUACCAUUGAAGAUGAUGAAGAGAGUAUCAAAGGUGUAGUUGGAUCACAGGCCAUACGAGAAUACCUGCAAAAAUAUACGGGAUUUAAGAUUGAUAUGAACUGUAAACAGCUCACUGUGGAUUUUGUGAAUCAAUCAGUCCUUCAGAUCAGCAGCCAAGAUGUGGAAAGCAAGCGGAGUGAUAAAACAGAUUUUGCAGAAAGACUUGGCGAAAUGAAUAAGCGAUGGCAGAUCUUACAGCGUCUGAUAACUGAAAAGAUUCAGGUGCUGGACGGCUUACUGGACUCUUGGCUGGAUUACGAGAGCAGUGUGCAGAGCUUAAAUACCUGGCUUAGUGUCCAAGAAGAGAGAAUGAAAAAGCAGUAUAGGAUUGAAGACCUGUCUUCUGCUCAGAAUGCCUUGAAGGAUUGCCAGGAACUGGAGGAUGUGAUUAGAGUGAAGGAAAGGGAUUUUGAGAAAGUGGAGGAGCGUGGAUGCUCUUUGAUACAGAAUAAGAAAGAUGAAGCAUGUGCUGUGGUCAUGGAGACACUCCAAGGACUCAACCACAGCUGGGCUAAUCUGGAUCUCCUGAUUGGGCAGCUGAAGAUCAGUCUGAAGUCAGGGCUAGACCAGUGGAACGUGUACAAGAAAGCCUCAGAGGAGAUCAAUGGGUAUCUGAUGGAAGGGAGGUACUCCCUGUCUCGCUUCCGCCUGCUGACUGGCUCUCUAGAGGCAGUCAAAGUGCAGGUGGACAACCUUCAGAAUCUUCAGGAUGAGCUGGAAAAGAAGGAAAGCAGCCUAAAGAAGUUUGGCGCAGUGACCCACCAGCUGCUGAAGGAGUGUCACCUGUCUGUUUCAGACACUGUCAACAAUGCACUGAAAGAUGUGAACAUGAGAUGGAACUGCUUGCUUGAGGAGAUAGUGGAACAGCUUCACUCCAGCAAGGCCCUGCUUCAUCUCUGGCAGAGAUACAAGGAGUAUUACAGCCAGUGCUCCUCUGCGGUGCUGCGGCAAGAGGAACGCACCAACGAGCUGCUGAAAACAGCCACCAGCAAGGACAUCGCAGACAACGAGGUCUCUGCCUGGAUUCAGGACUGCACUGACUUGCUGAUGGCCCAGAAGGCAGUGCAGGACUCCCUGUAUGUGCUUCAUGAGCUUGGGGAGCAGCUCCACCAGCAGGUCGACUCCUCGGCCGUGGCAGCCAUUCAGUCAGACCGAAUCUCCAUGAGCCAGCGCCUGAAAGUGCUGGAGCAGGCUCUCACCAGACAGCAGGGGAUACUACAGGCUGGGGUUCAGGACUAUGAGACCUUCAGCAGGCAGCUGGAAGCCCUGGAAGGGUGGAUUGUGGAGGCAGAGGAUGUUCUGAAAGGGCAAGACCCCAACCACUCCUCCGAUCUCUCCAUCAUUCAGAACAGGAUGGAGGAGCUGAAGAGGCAGAUGCUGAACUUUAGUAGCAUGUCCCCCGACAUGGAGCGUUUGAACGAGCUAGGAUACAGGUUACCUCUGAACGACAAGCAGAUCAAAGGCAUGCAGACCCUCAACAGGAGCUGGACUUUGACCUCAUCCCAGACCACAGAGCGAUUCAGCAAGCUCCAAGCAUUCCUGUUGCAGCACCAGACAUUCCUGGAGAAGUGUGAGACGUGGAUGGAGUUCCUGGUGCAGACAGAAGAGAAACUAGCAGUAGAGAUUUCGGGCAACUACCAGAGCCUGCUGGAGCAGCAGAGAGCACAUGAGUUGUUCCAGGCUGAGAUGUUUAGUCGGCAACAGAUCCUGCACUCUAUCAUCAGUGACGGACAGCACCUCCUGGAACAGGGGCAAGUGGAUGAGAGGGGUGAGUUUAAUCUGAAGCUGGCUCUGCUGAGUAACCAGUGGCAAGGUGUGAUCCGCCGGGCACAGCAGAGGAGGGGGAUCAUCGACAGUCUGAUCCGCCAGUGGCAGCGCUACAGGGAGAUGGCAGAGAAGCUGCGCAAGUGGCUGGUUGAGGUGUCUUACCAGGAAGUUGGCGAGCCGGACGAAGUGCCAGUAUCAGUGCAGCAGGCCAGAGCAAUGCUGGAUGAGGUUCAGCUGAAAGAGAAGGUCCUCCAGCGGCAGCAGGGCAGCUAUAUCCUGACGGUGGAGGCUGGGAAGCUGCUGCUACUGUCAGCUGACAGCGAAGCGGAGGCAGCGCUGCAGGCCGAGCUCACAGAGAUCCAGGAUCGCUGGAAAGCAGCCCACAUCCACCUGGACGAGCACAAGAGAGAGCUGGCAGCCUUACUCAGUGACUGGGAGAGAUGUGAGAAGGGGAUCGGAGACUCGCUGGAGAAGCUGAGAGCCUUCAAGAGGAAGCUUUCCCAGCCCCUGCCAGACCAUCACGAUGAGCUGCACACUGAACAGAUCCGCUGCAAGGAGUUAGAGAACACCGUUGAUGGCUGGACGGAAGACCUCGCUCACCUCUCCCUGCUGAAGGAGUCCCUGUCAAGCUACAUCAGUGCUGAUGACCUGUCAGUGCUACAGGAGCGCAUUGAGCUGCUGCACAGACAGUGGGAGGAGCUCUGCCAUCAGCUCUCCUUACGCCGGCAGCAAGUGAGUGAGAAGCUGAACGAGUGGGGGGUGUUCAACGAGAAGAACAAGGAACUGUGCGAGUGGCUGACUCAGAUGGAGGGCAAGGUUUCUCAAAAUGGUGACAUCAGCAUUGAGGAGAUGAUCGAAAAACUCAGAAAGGACUAUCAAGAGGAGAUCUCUGUGGCCCAGGAAAACAAAGUCCAGCUGCAGCAGAUGGGUGACAGGCUUGCUAAGGCCAGUCAUGAGAGCAAAGCGGCUGAGAUUGAGUACAAACUCACCAAGGUCAACGACCGCUGGCAGCAUCUUCUGGACCUCAUUGGAUCCAGGGUGAACAAGCUGAGGGAGACCCUGGCUACUGUUCAGCAGCUGGAUAAGAAUAUGAGUAAUCUGAGAUCGUGGCUGGCUCAUAUUGAAACAGAGCUUUCCAAACCCAUUGUCUAUGAGACCAGCGAUUCCAGCGAGAUACAGAGGAAACUCAAUGAACAGCAGGAUCUGCAGAGAGAUAUAGAGAAGCGCAGCACUGGUGUGGCCUCAGUGUUGAACCUGUGUGAGGUUCUGCUGCAUGACUGUGACGCCUGUGCCACUGACACGGAGUGUGACUCCAUCCAGCAUGCUACCCGCAGCCUAGACAGGAGGUGGAGGAACAUUUGCGCCAUGUCCAUGGAGAGAAGACUCAAGAUUGAAGAGACAUGGAGGCUUUGGCAGAAGUUCUUAGAUGACUUUUCUCGCUUUGAAGACUGGCUGAAGACGUCAGAGAAAACAGCAGCCACACCCAAAUCUGCUGGAGUACUGUACACUGUAGCCAAGGAGGAGCUAAAGAAGUUUGAGGCAUUCCAGCGGCAGGUCCACGAGAGCUUGACCCAGCUGGAGCUGAUCAACAAGCAGUACCGCCGCCUGGCCCGAGAGAACCGCACCGACUCUUCUUGCAGGCUGAAGCAGAUGGUCCAUGACGGCAAUCAGAGAUGGGACAACUUGCAGAGGAGAGUGGCCUCCAUCCUGCGUAGACUAAAGCACUUUAUUUGCCAGCGGGAGGAGUUUGAGACGACCAGGGACAGCAUACUGGUCUGGCUUACAGAGAUGGAUCUACAGCUCACAAACAUUGAACACUUCUCAGAGUGCGACAUUCAGGCAAAAAUAAAGCAACUCAGGGCGUUCCAGCAGGAGAUCUGUCUGAACAGUGGGAAGAUUGAGCAGAUUGUCCACCAGGGUGAGCUGCUGAUUGAGAAGACCGAGCCCCUGGAUGCGGCCGUCAUUGAGGAAGAGCUAGAGGAGCUGCAGCGGUACUGCCAGGAGGUGUUCGGCCGGGUUGAGCGCUACUACAAGAAACUUAUCCGCCUGCCGCUGACAGAUGACGAGCAUGAUGUGUCGGACCGGGAGCUGGACUUGGAGUAUACAGCAGAGCAGUUCAGUCUGAACUGGAAUGACAAGUCAGUGGACAGUGUGCUCUCCCCGCACCCCUCCUCCAGCCGCUCCACCUCUAUGGCCCCGCAAAUGCGGGUGGAGCGCUCAGGUCGGGACACCCCAGCAAGCGUGGACUCCAUCCCCCUGGAGUGGGACCACGACUACGACCUGAGCCGCGGCCUAGAGACAAUGAGCGCCAUGCAGCGGGCCAUUGCCUCCGUCGAUGACGAGGACGCCCAGGAAGAUGACAAGGAGUUCUACCUGAGAGGAGCUGCAGCUGUCACAGAUGUAGUGAUCCCUGAGAGCCCAGAGGCCUAUGUUAAACUGACAGAAAAUACUUUGAGAUCAGCCUCUGGUGAGCCGGGUUCCCUAGAAACUCAUAUCUGGCAGCUUGACAAAGCCCUGGACACCAGCCGCUUCCAUUUGCAGCAGACCGAAAACAUCAUCCGCAGCAGGACGCCUACAGGUCCAGAGCUGGAUUCCGCCUACAAUGGAUAUAUGAGGCUAUUGUCUGAGUGCCGUGGUAGCAUUGAUACAGUGAAGCGUGUCGGAUACGAACUGAAAGAGGAGGAAGACAAUCUGUCUGGACUCAUCGACCUAAACAGCACUGAAAUGCAGACCUCAGGUGUGAUUGAGCGCUGGGAAUUGAUCCAAGCCCAAGCCCUCAACAAGGAGCUGCGAAUGAAGCAGAACCUCCAGCAGUGGCAGCAGUUCAACUUUGACCUGGACAACAUUUGGGUCUGGCUGGGAGAGACGGAGGAAGAGCUGGAGCAGCUGCGACGCCUGGACCUCAGCACCGACAUCCACACCAUCGAGCUCCGGAUCAAGAAUCUCAAGGAGCUUCAAAAAGCUGUUGACAGCCGCAAAGCCAUCGUCCUGUCUAUCAACCUGUGCAGCGCAGAGUUUGUGCAGUCGGAGACACCUCAGGCACAGGAGCUGCGGGCAAGACUGGGUCAAAUGAACAAGCGCUGGGACCGUGUGGGCAGCUUGAUCGAAGACUGGCGUAACUCACUGAAGGAUGCACUUAUGCAGUGCCAUGAUUUCCAUGAGAUGAGUCAUGGUCUGCUGCUGUGGCUAGAAAACAUUGACAGAAGAAAAAAUGAAAUUGUUCCUAUUGAUCCCAACCUUGACUCGGACACCCUCCAUGACCACCACAAAACUCUGAUGCAAAUCAGGCGAGAGUUAUUGGAGUCCCAGCUGAAGGUGGCCUCUCUGCAGGACAUGUCCAGCCAGCUGCUGGUGAACACGCAGGGCACAGACUGCCUUGAGGCCAAGGAGAAGGUGCAUGUCAUUGGAAACCGUCUAAAGCUCCUUCUGAAGGAGGUCACACGAGACCUCAGAGAGCUGGAAAGGACUCUGGACAUCACAAGCAGCCAGCUGGACCUGUCAUCCUGGUCUUCGGCUGAUGAACUGGACACCUGUGGGUCCCUGAGCCCCAUCUCCGGCAGUAGCACCCCAAGUCGCCGCCGAUCGCCACGGGGCAAAUGUAGUCUCUCACAGCCUGGACCCACUGUCAGCAGUCCACACAGCAGGCCUCACAGAAGUGGAUCAGGUUCUUCCCAUUCUGAGAUGCAGCACCCUCGGCGUUCCCAGUCCUUCUUCCUUCGGGUGCUCAGAGCAGCUCUGCUGCUCCAGCUGCUGCUCCUCUUACUGAUUGGCUUAGCCUGCCUGGUGCCGUUGACAGAGAAGGACUACAGCUGCACCCUGUCCAAUAACUUUGCCAGGUCCUUCCACCCAAUGUUGAGAUACACAAACGGCCCCCCUCCAAUAUGAAACACUGAUUCAAGAUUGAAUGACUUUUUUCUACUUUUUUUUUUAUACAACCACUAAGUUGGUUGUCAAGUGCAGUGGAGUGUGGUGAGAGAAUGGUGAUGUGCCAUUCAUCAUUUGAUCUGCAUAGUACAGUGGAUGUGGUGCAGUACACAACGUGUUUUGCAACAGAACAGGAUAGUGGUAAAUCAAAGAAAGUAAUCCUGUGGCUGGCGGAGGAAAAAAUGAAAUACUUUUUACCAAAAAAUAAUUGGCCUAUUUACAGGUGUUUAUUAAUAUUGUUGGUCUGUCGGUGCAAAGUAGCACACUGAAUUUACACUUUGUAUUUUUGGCUUAGUUUUCUUUUUUUUCAGCCAGUGAGUAAAGAGUUCAUUAUUGUUACAUCAGUAUUUUAACAAGAACAAAAUGGUAGAUAAUUUAAUGAUGUGUAAUAUAACAUUUUAAAUAGCUUAUAUGCCAAUUUUUUUUUUUUUUUUUUACAUAAAAUGUUUUUUGGCAUGUCUUUAUAGUCUUUGCUUUCAAAUAAACUAAUCAUUGAUAGUCAAAUGCACAGUGUUUAAAUGUGACAGCACUUUUUAUUGAUGCAGAUAACUGGAUGUAAGAAAUAAAAUCACUGGUGUAAUUAAAUGAGUAUUUGAUGUAUAGCAAAAUAAUAAAAUAAAAAGUUAUUUAUCUAUGUACAGUUUGCUAUGGCUGACUUUUUUAACUGCUUAUUUGCAUUUAAUAUACAGCUGACAAUGUACAAAAUUGGUUGUGUUGAUUUUUUUGGGGGGGAUAUUUCUUAUCAAACUUAGAACCGAUUUAGACACAGUAUGGAAAGGGUGAGGCAACUCGGUAAGUAUUGUGGACAGGAUGUGGGAAUGAUUUAGACCAUUUUGGCCUCAAUUGAGGUGUGUCCCCUGACACUGUCAGGGGUCAGCCAGGUGGGGUGAUGGAGUGUAAGAGGGCACCGACGACCCCCUGCACCGCAAGCGAGCAUCUUAACCACAAUGCAAAAGAGCCAUGCUCAUCUGCAUUCCUGAUUGUAGAGCUUUUAACCUCAUCUCACC